AUGGAUGGACCGCUGCACCUUGAACCUGUCAGAGCAGCCUGUCCCGUCUAUUUUCUCCUCUCCUCCGUUUAUAAACACUUUUAUUAAAAAUGUCUAAUUUUCCACAUUUACUCCGGCACGCGCCCGCGGCACUCACCCGGUUGUCGCUCGGCAGAAGCGCAGAGAAGUGCGUCAGAUUAAACGCGAGGUCUUUGAACGUUAGCGCGUCUGCUAAGUUCGAACCGAGCCACACACAUGGAGAUAAAGUCAGCUCCAGGUGUUACACGAGUUCAGCCCGGACCAGACCCGUCCGGAUCGGCUGUGCAUCCGGGUUCUGGGGGGACACAGCCGUCUCAGUGCCUCAGCUGGUUUACAGUGGGAAGCUGGACUUCCUGGUGUUCGACUACCUCAGUGAGAUCACAAUGUCUCUGCUCACCGCCGCCAAGACCAAGAUGCCUAACAUGGGUUACGCUCCGGACUUUGUCCAGGUGGCUCUCGCUCCGUUUAUUAACGACAUCCACAGGAAAGGUAUCCGCGUGGUGAGUAACGCCGGAGGUGUGAACCCUCUGGCCUGCGCCGAAGCCAUACAGGAAGUCAUCAAGAAGGCCGGCCUGGACCUCAAGGUCGCCGUGGUGACCGGGGAUGACCUCAUGCCUCAUAGAAACAGUCUGUCAGAAGUCAAGAUGGCGGAUGGCAGCAGCAGACAGCAGUUACCUAAAACACUCCACAGCAUGAACGCUUACCUCGGAGCUCUUCCUAUCCGCCGCUGUCUGGAUCUCGGGGCGGACAUCGUGGUAACUGGACGCUGUGUGGACAGCGCUGUGGCUCUGGGGCCUCUCAUGCACUCUUUUGGAUGGGAGACGACUGACUAUGACCUGCUGGCAGCUGGGAGUCUGGCAGGUCACCUGAUCGAGUGUGGAGCUCAGAGUACAGGAGGGAUCUUCACCGACUGGCACAAAGUCCCUGACUGGGACAACAUGGGUUUCCCUGUGGUGGAAUGUUCCAGCGACGGCUCCUUCGUUCUCUCCAAGCCGCCCAAAACCGGCGGCCUCGUCUCCUUUGGCACGACGGCCGAGCAGCUGGUGUACGAGAUCGGCGACCCGCGGCGAUACCUGCUGCCCGAUGUGAUCUGUGACUUCAGCCAGGUGUCCAUCAAGGAGGUGCCAGGUGUAGAUGGAGGUGCUGUCAGAGUGACGGGGGCUAAAGGUCUCGCUCCAUCACAUGACUACAAGGUGUGUGCCACCUACAUGGACGGUUUCAGGGCGACGGCGGUGUGUCCGGUCGGAGGCCCGAGAGCAGCAGAAAAGGCUCGAAGAACCGCAGAGAGCAUCAUCAAACGGACGAAGCGAAUGUUUCAGCAGUUGAAGUUUGAAGAUUUCAGCUCCGUCAACAUCCAGAUCCUCGGAGCCGAGGACACGUACGGCCCCAACGCUCGCAGACAGGGCUCCAGAGAGGCCGUGCUCUGGAUGGCCGUCCAUCACAAACAGAAAAAAGCUCUUGAGCUCUUCGCCAGAGAAGUCGCUCCUGCAGGAACCGGCAUGGCUCCCGGACUGACCGGCAUCGUGGGCGGACGACCUAGAGUGUCUCCCGUCCUGAAGCCAUUUUUCUUCUUACAUCCCAAAUCUGAGCUGAAGGUGGACAUUCACAUCGGUGGAGAGCUGGUGGAGUCUCUCACAGAGGCGGAGCCAGACACACCUGAGCAGGAAGCCCCUCCCACCUCAGCAGAGGACGAACAUGACGCAGGACUGCCCAGUGGACCUCACAGCUACAGACUGGAGGAACUGGCCUACACCAGGAGUGGAGACAAAGGAGACUCUGCUAACAUCGGAGUGAUAGCUCGUCACCCCCUCUUCUUCCCCUACCUGAAGAAACACCUGACGUCUUCUGUGGUGGAGGAAUACUUCUCCCAUCUGAUCCAGCCUGGAGUGAACAACGCCGUCACACGGUACACUCUGCCGGGGAUCCACGGCCUCAACUUCGUCCUGCAGAGUUCACUGGGAGGGGGAGGGGUGGCGUCUCUACGCAGUGACCCCCAGGGUAAAGCUUACGGUCAGAUGCUGCUGGACCUGAAACUCAAAGGACUGCCGGACCUCAAGUCACUGGUGGACUGAGACACAGAGACAAUACAAACAACAACAACAACACAUGACAGUAAAGGAAACUCCCGGUGAGAUGUUCUCAACACGUUUAACCUCAGCAGAAACACAGACGGAUCACUGAUGCAUCAUGUACAAACCUGACGAACACAAGAUCACAGUCACAGAUUUAUGUUUCGUGCACUGAGUUUUAUUCCUGCAGUCCACGGGCACAGAUGAGCCUCAUGAGAUUGAGAACAGAUUCACUCUGUGAACCAAACGAGAGGCUUCAGUCCAAUAAAACUCCAUCAAACAGUGUUUUAAUCAGCUUCACCAGGAGACACCACCACAACAUGUCUACUGCACUAAAGUUCACACAGCCUCAGGAUGAUCAGAUACUCCACAGCUUCUCAUCUCAAAUCUCACAUGUUCAGAUUUAAAACUGUUCCCAGAUCUGACACAUUACAAUCAUGUUGAUAUAAAUGAUGGAAAUGAUUGACAGAAAAAUAAGAUCCAACUUAUAAUAAACCAAAUGACCAACACAAUGAACUAUGAGCAACAAAAAGAAGAGGAGAGAGGAGAACCCAGAGAGGGAGAUUUGUUAGGGUUCAACUAACUAAGGGGCCUUCACACUCUACGUAAACUGAGGUGACUAACAUUAACUUUAGCAUCGUGGCUAGUUACCACAUGGUGGCAUCUAGCAUCGUCACACCCUGUAGAGGCUGAAACAGACUAUGAUGGAGUCCAAACGAAAGGAAGUAAUGAAGGUUAUGAAACAUCCAAAGAAGUGUUUUGAAGAUUCCUGUGCAGCGUUAUAAGUGUCUUGAAUCCAGUUGUGAGCUCUUUGAAAUCCAAACACUACUGUUUUCACUAAAGUGGGUGCUAAAGGAAGCAUUUUAAGGAUCAUCCUGCUGCGAAGGAACUCAUUGUCUGCAUGUGUUUACAAGAACUUCCUUUUUAAAAACCUUAUUUGCUGCCUUUGUUCAGACUCCUUCAAAGUCUGUUAACAGCGUUUGAUAGAAAGCUUUUCCUGGCAUCACAGAGAGCCCAGUGAGGUGAGGACGAUAUGCAACUUAUGCUUAGGCUGAACUGUUCCUUUAACUGUCUCUGUAGCUUGGACCAGUUUUUGGGUAAAGGGAACAUUUUUGGGGGUAAACGUCCACGUAGACUUCACAAUCUGGACCUGAGCUCCUCACCAGCUUCAGGCGAGCUGCUCCUGACCUCUGACUUCCUUCUAAAGGAGGAGCGGUGGUGGUUUGGGUUUCCCUCGGAGGGUAAACAAAGUAUCUGCCAUGAUCUGUGAGACGCUCCAGUCAGACAUCAGAGACUCAGGCCGAGUGGGUGGGAUGCCUGGUUUCCCCCGGCUGAUUCACCUCGACACGACCCGGCUCCGAUGUUCGCCGCCCCGCAGGAAUGUGCGUCUCCUUCCACCAAAACCGGCUCUCUGGCUUCCAGUCUGUUUAUCCAUAAUUGCAAACAGACUGAAGCUGCAGUCGGAGUCACUCCGCAGCUUCCGUCAUGGCUGAAAACUCAUCUCACCCACCUCCUCUGAAUCAUAUCCCCCUUUCCCAAAUCUUCCUCUUCAUGCUGCUGCAGUUUGCUCUCAUCAGUAAAGAUGAAACCUGACUCUCUUUGGAUGUCCAACUCUUUCCUGGCGUCCAUUUUUGAGUUCCAGGAAAACUGUUGAGCUACUGUUGCUGUUACCCUUGACUUUGACCUUUCUGGGAUGAAUUCAGUAUUUAAUCUGAACUCUUGCUGUUGGAUUUGUGACCUGCUGAAUCCAAAAAAACAUUUGCUCACAUGGUUGAGCCCAAACACAUAAGAGAACCACAUUAGACGGUCUGCCUGGAACAAUAAACAAAACAAUGGUCUUCUAAACAGACGUACAAAAACUUCUACACACAAUAAAAGCAUCAUAAAUGACAACAAAACAAGUCUGUCCAGAUGUGAAUUGAAAGCAGAGUUUCAUGAGUGUAAAUCAGACCAAUAAAAACAAUCACAUGGGACGAAUAAAAAAAACAUCAGCAUGUCUGUGGGAUUUAAAGACACUGAAGUGGUCGCAUUUGCAGAGCGAGGUGUUAAAAUCGAGGCUGUAAAUUCCAGCUCAUUUCUUGUUUCCAUAAAACCAAAUUGAAAAAAGACACGAGCUGCAGUGUCGUGUGGAAAUGCGCUCACAUCUUAAUGAUGACGAUGAAGUUUGAGAGCAGAGCUUUCAGAUUCACAUCUGUCCAGCAUAUUGCCGCUUCCCAAAGCUCCGACCCUGCGAUUCCCAAGAAAUAUCUGCAAGAUUUGUGAGUUAAUUAGUUGGAGAAACACUUCAUCAUUGGGAAACAAUGUUUUCCACCUAAUUCUUCAUGCAACCCACAGAAAAACAUGUCAGGCCUAUUUGAUGUGUGUGUGCAGGAAAAGAUCUGCGAGCAUUUGUUGCUCAUUUUUGAGCACAUUUUAGUAAUUUUAGAUGCUUUCUUUUGUCUGAGACAAAUAUCAGACAGGAAAUAUUUGGGUCUAAACACAAGUUGUUGUUUUUUUUUUUUUAAAUCAGCAGGGAUUGUUGUUGAGUCUGUCCUGACUUCAUCUGGGACAAAGGUCCAAAUAUGUAAUAUAAAGGCUCCACACUUUUUUAAAUGAAAUAGUUAUGGUUCUGCUACGAACUAAAAGAAACAGGUGAAGAGACAGACGCUCAAGAUCCUGAUUGUCUGUCCCAAAUUUUAUGGUGAUCCACUCAGUAGUUGUUAUUUCAGUCCGGAUCAAAAUGUGAGCGAUAAAGCAAAGAUCCAAGCAUUGAGCCUUGUGGAACACCAUUUUCAUUUUAGUAGAAUAAAAGUAAACUGCAGAAACAGUCAAAGUCAAAGCAAUUCAAGCUCUUUGGCUAACCCAGUUCAAACUCUGGAAUAUCAAACAGGAGUAGAAUUUGUAUUUCUUUUUGUUUUAAGAUACUCAAGACCUUGAAUAUCCGUCCCAAAUUUCAUGGUAAUCCUUCCAGUAGUUGUUGAGGCAUUUGAGUUAAGACCUGGGUUUUACUAUCAAUACCAGGGUAGGAGCUUUUUUCCUUUAUUUAAACACACUUACGACCUCGAAUGACUGUCUCAAUUUAUGUGGUAAUCCAUCCAAAAUGUUGGCUAGUUGGGCAAAAUAGCAAAGGUCCAAGCAUUGAGCCAAGUGGAACACCAUUUUCAUUUUAGUAGAUUUAAAAAAAAAAAAAAAAAAAACAACACACACACACACACA